GUCACGAGCUGCAACACCGCGCUCGCUCUCACAGAUCCGAGAAUUGGUCUGAUGGAGCAAAAGCACUCAGCGCAGCUCGGUAGACAAAGACAACGAUGGGACCAGUAUGCAAACAGCAUGGAUUGUACUGGAAAUUUUACACAGGACCAGAGAUCUCCAACGGGAGAGAAAGUCUUCAAGUGUACUGUAUGUGGGAAGCAAUUUUCAAGUUCAUCUUAUCUUAAAAUACACCAGAGAACACACACAGGAGAGAAACCCUUCAAGUGCACUGUGUGUGAGAAGGCAUUUACAAAUUCAUCUUAUCUUAAAAAACACCAGAGAACACACACAGGAGAGAAACCCUUCAGGUGCACUGUGUGUGAGAAGGCAUUUUCAAGUUCAUGUUACCUUAAAAUACACCAGAGAACACACACAGGAGAGAAACCCUUCAGGUGCACUGUGUGUGGGAAGGCAUUUUCACGUGCAUUGUAUCUUAAAAAACACCAGAGGACACACACAGGAGAGAAACCCUUCAAGUGCAGUGUGUGUGGGAAGGCAUUUGCACAGUCACCACAGCUUCAUAGCCACCAGAGAACACACACAGUAGAGAAAGCUUUCAAGUGCACUGUGUGUGGGAAUGCAUUUUCAAGUUCAUCUUAUCUUAAAAUACACCAGAGAACACACACAGGAGAGAUACCCUUCAAGUGCACUGUGUGUGAGAAGGCAUUUACAUGGUCAUCAGGUUUAAAGAUCCACCAGAGAACACACACGGGAGAGAACCCCUUCAGGUGUAGUGUGUGUGGGAAGGCUUUUUCAAGUUCGUCUUAUCUUAAAAUACACCAGAGAACACACACAGGACAUGAACCCUUCAAGUGCAGUGUGUGUGAGAUGGAAUUUUCACAUCCAUCAAAUCUUAAAAUGCACCGGAGAAUGCACACAGGAGAGAAAUCCUUUAAGUGCAGUGUGUGUGAGAAGGCGUUUUCAAGUUCAUAUUAUCUUAAAAUACACCAGAGAACACACACAGGAGAGAAACCCUUCAAAUGCAUUGUGUGUUGGAAGGCAUUUUCAAGUUCAUUUUAUCUUAAAAUACACCAGAGAACACACACUGGAGAGAAACCCUUCAAGUGCAGUGUGUGUGAGAUGGCAUUUUCAAGUUCGUCUCAUCUUAAAAUACACCAGAGAACACACACAGGGGAGAACCCCUUCAAGUGCACUCUGUGCGGGAAGGCAUUUGAACGGUCACCACAUCUUCAUAGACACCAGAGAACACACAGGCAUCAGAAGACCCCCAAGGAGUGUAGUCUGAAAACGACUUGUGAAAAUCAGAGUGCUGCAAUGAGCCCAUCCCUCCUGAAAAAAGAACCAGAAGUAAAUUCCAGCUUGGACACUAUGAAAUGUAUCAAGGUGAAAUUUGAAGAGGCGACGGUGAAGAGCGAAGAAGUGACAGUGAAGAGCGAAGAAGUGAAGAUAAAAUGUGAAGAUGAAGAUUCAACUCCAAAAUCGGACCUUCACAUCAAUGGAGGCAACAUGAAGCAGGAGGAGAAUUCUGACUGUGAGGCAGAGCGAAGCAACUCCCAGCAGUUUGUGGAAGUGGAGGUGUGGGUGGACUUCUAAAACAAUACAAAGUCAAAUGGAGAACC